AUGGUCGGAAGCAACGGUAAGCUGAUCGCGAUUCGGCUUGUUCGCAGCAAACUCCGAAAACGAGAGGACAACGCGAAUGAUCACCAGGAGCCGGCAGUCGUCCAGACCGCGACUUCUGAUGCCUGCAAUAACAAUAAUAUUAACAACAAUGUUAAUAAUGUUAACAACAACGGUAACUACAACAACAACAACAACAUUAAUCUUAAUGGAGUGACGACGGGGCAAAUGCUAAGCACCGACAUCAGGAACAAUGGAAUCGUAAAUCCAGCAGCGUCUAUAACUGUUUCCGAAAUAAAUGGGAUCGUUGAUGGGACGAUCGUUACUGAGGGCAAUGAUCAAUUUGUCUGGCAGUUUCCCCCGCCUUAUCCACCGCCACUCACUCCGCCGCCUCAGUACACCCUGUACAAUGACCAGAAUACUCUAGUACAUGGUUUGGAAGGCGACCGUUCAGGAUUUGCCAAAGGAAUUCGUAAAAAUUUGGGGCGCUGGCGACGUUUGGUUAAGCGGAAGUCAGACAUGGAUACAUGUGCCAUUCCACCAGAGCUUAAGGACCAGUUGAAGACCAUCUACGUUUACUAA